AACAACUCGGCCGGAGUUCUUGCAUUCUUUACCUGUACUGUGUAGUCCCCGAAAAUAUAUAUUUUUUAUUAUUAUGUCUAAAAUGCAAGCUUCCUGUUUUACAUUCGGGAACACGUCUGCACUGUAGAAUAUCACUCAAAGCCAAGGAGAUGGAUGCACUUUGAUACAGUCCGAAAUUUGGAAACCCGUGUUGCACUGGAUGCCUUGCUAUUGCUGAUGGGUGUGAGCCGGCUGGAUGUUCUUUACAGAAAGCUUCUCCUCACCAAGAUGUUCAUCCAGGGUUGGGGAAAGCCUGAUGAUUUAAAAAGAAUAUUUGAAUUCCGGAAGCUUAUUGGUGACAGAGAGAAGUGUAAGAAUUUGGUUCCAAAGGACUAUCCAGUGUUCAUAGACAAGGUAGAAGAGCAGGCUGACUGUAAAAUCCUAAAUGGGUAUUUCAUAUCUCCUUUGGAGCACUUUGUCCCAGGCAUCAUGCCAAAGGAGUCUGUGAAAGCCAGGUUCCAGUUUAUACUGCCUAAAGAAUGGAAGACAAAAUAUAAGCCAGUAUGCAUUCACCUUGCGGGCACGGGAGAUCAUUUUUUUUGGAGAAGACGCACGCUCAUGGCCCGACCAAUGAUAAAAGAGACCAGCAUGGCAUCACUGCUGCUAGAAAACCCUUAUUAUGGCUACAGAAAACCAAAAGACCAGCUGCGCUCCAGUCUGAAGAACGUGUCGGACCUGUUUGUGAUGGGGGGAGCCCUGGUGCUGGAGUCGGCGGCGCUGCUGCACUGGCUGGAGAGGGAGGGCUACUGGCCCCUGGGAAUGACGGGCAUCUCCAUGGGCGGACAUAUGGCAUCUUUAGCGGUGACAAACUGGCCAAAGCCAAUACCACUGGUUCCAUGUUUGUCCUGGUCCACAGCUUCCAGCGUUUUUACAACGGGAGUCUUGAGCAAGGCGGUUAAUUGGAGGGAACUAGAAAAGCAAUAUGCCACACACACUGUUUAUGAAGAAGAAAUCACUAGAAUGCUGGAAUAUUGUGGAACGGAUUCCUUUAAGAUGGGCCAGGACUUUGUGAAGAACGCUCCCAGCAGUCUGGAUAAUCUCAGAGACCUGGACAUCACGUCUGACAUCCUGGGCCUCCAGGAGACUCCUGCAGAGGUACUGCUGGAGGCACACCACACCGGUGUGAGGAACUCGGGGAAAGGGCGGCUGACCGGUGGAAGGGAGGGGACGGGCUGCCUGGAUCAGACCCUUUCGGCGGUGAGCAGCAGCAGCGCCCACAUGGACAUGCUCAGUGCCAAGACCAUCACCAAGGAAGACAGGCGGCGGUGCUCACUUCAGCGCGAGUCUCUGUGCUUUAUGAAGGGCGUCAUGGAUGAAUGCACACACAUCGCUAACUUCUCAGUCCCUGUAGACCCCAGUUUGAUCAUCGUGGUCCAGGCCAAGGAAGACGCCUACAUUCCCAGAACUGGAGUGCGCAGCCUGCAGGAGAUCUGGCCUGGCUGCGAGGUGCGCUACCUGAACGGGGGUCACAUCAGUGCCUACCUCUUCAAGCAAGGACUGUUUAGGCAAGCCAUUUAUGAUGCCUUCGACCGCUUUCUUCAGAAGUACUCGCUCUCUAGCUGAGUCAAAACACAAACAUCAUCUACUGCCAAUGAUUUGGAUGAAAAUGACAUUUGAAGCAGCUCUCGCCACAAGCGCACUUAACACUGAAAGCAUUCUUUAUGACAAGAACUGACUGAACAUCCUGAAAGCAGCACUUUUUUUUACCACAUGAGUGAAUAUCGUGACAGCAUCCCAUGAAGAUGCGCUGCUACAAAACCUAUAAUUAGGAAAUAUAAACGGAAUGUAAAAGGGAUGUAAAAGUCUGAUUUUAAGAGAAAUCUUAAACCUCUUAAACCAUGGGCCACCAGAACAUUUUUGUAUAUCAGAUACAUCUAGUCAGAAAGAAGUUAGUGAAAAAAUUAAAGCUUUAUUAUUAAUCUGAUUAAAAUAUGCCUAAUCAUUUUUAAGCUUUCUGCUGUUGAGGUUUUUCUAAAAGCUUUUUAAGUGUUAUGGUUGUUUCCACAAUUGAACAGUCUACUGGAAGUAAAUCCUCUGACCCUGCUGAAGCCCAAUUGUGAGUGAUAAUGAGAUUAAAAAAAUAUAUUUCUCACAACCAGCUACUAGAGCUUAAAUGCCAUUUCAGCACUGGUGUUUAAAAGGUUCAAGAAGGUCAACAGUCUCUCUAGCUGCAAUGUUCAAUAUCUGUACUGUAUGUUAUAGAUUAAUUCAAACUCCUUUACAUAACUUUAAAAAAAAAUGACAUAUUUAAAAUUACAAAGCCGAUUGCCAUGUUAAAAGCUUUUACUGGUUGUGUUCUCUGAAACUGGUUGAUAAACAGCUCUUAAUCUUCAUGCAAAGUAAAUUCAAAAAGAGCUCUGAUCCGGCAGAGCCAAGUUCCUUUUUGUGCCUAUUUCUCUCAGUAUGCCCACAGGGAAUAAAGUCCACCUGUUCAAUAAGCAAACAAAUUCUUAAUAAUAAUCCAAAGGGAACAAUAGUACAUUCUGAUUAUGUAGGUGGUCAUUAACAGCUUUGGCUGCCAUUUUUAUUUAAACAAAGACACUUAUACUAGUUCUGUGUACAAGGUGGGGUCAUUUUUCAUUGAAUUGAGUGUACAUAUUCUUGUAUGAAAAGAAAUGCCUACCAGUAUAGUUAAAGAGAACAGUUUGCAAGGUUGCAUGUUUUAUAGCAGGAGUAAGGGGUGGGCACUUGCAAGUAACUCAUCCAUUUCAGAUGCCCACACAGAGUCUGGGAAACGGUCAUGUCACUAAUCAGAUGAUUGUGGGAAGGAGUUAGUCAUUUUACAACUAGCAACACACUGAAGCUAAACAAGUGUGAGUCUGUCCAGUACAUGAAUGGGAAAAUACUAUAUUACUGCAAGUAAUAUAAAGGAAAAUCACUGGAAGGAAUUAUUAUUAUUUUAUUAUUAUUCAGUUUCCCUCAUACCACAAAGUGUCUUUGGUGCUGCUCCUUUGAUCACUGCCAGUGAUGUGCUUCUGUGAGCCUCUGUGGGGCUUGCAGCAGUUCAGGAGGCGGCAGAUCGACAGCGAGUUUGUUUAAGAACAGAGCUGCCAGUGCUCGUUCCCUUUGUGCUGUUGUGAAGGAAGUCAUCAACAGUGGAAACAGUGCGCAAGGAAAAUAAAACCCAAGGUCCUUUUAAUCUUCAUCGCUGGGAGGUUUCCGAGAGUCGAUUCCUUUUUUGAUUUUGAUUCCGAUUUAUUGUAUCUGAUGGUUUCUAGAUAGAAAGGAUUGAAUGAUGGGGUGGAUAGCCAGUGUAUGAACAUUGUUCUUCAUAAUCUUCAUAAUCUUCCUAAUUCCCUCUGCAUUACAACUGGAAAUGCACAACUUUAUUUUUAUUGUAUGUUUAGGUUUAUAAUAAACAUUGAUUUUUUUUUCUAUGUCUAUUAAAUAUAAUUACUGGACAUUUGCACAGUGCAUGAUAUUUUCUAAAACUGGUCAUGGAGUACCCCUGUGUCUGCUGGUUUAUCUUCCAGCUAAGCCCUUAAUUACCAGUGUUAAUUGGUGCCUUGCUGGUGUAGGACUUUGGGAUGUCUGUGUGGAGCUCUUUUGUUUGUGUCUGAAGUGUGGAAUUCUGGAGUUGAGAACAACUGAGUGGGGAGAGUGGAGCUCAUAAGAGGUCAGCUGGAAGGUGGUAGGGGGACAAAGAGUGAAUGAAAAACUAACCCCCCUAAUUGUAUUUUGCCAUUUUUAUAUUAAAACUGUUGCUGACAAGGAAGAAAUAAAAUCUGUUCUUCAACCCAA